GUGCCAAGAGGUUUUCUGUAAUUGGCAAAAGAGGGAAAUAAGCCUUUAAUCUUUAAGUCCGUUCUCCGCUUGCAGAGGCGUGUGCUGCAAAACUGUGUAGAAGUUAAAAGGGAACAUUAUGAGAAUUUUGGUAUGAGUAGAUAGGGGCCGGGUAAAGGCAAAACCACUCUUCCUGUGGUUUUGGACAUAAGCGUCGGCACUCAGACGAGGGACCUGCGAAUUCUGAGAAGAGCGAGUGAGAGCGGACGCCUAGGGCUCGGCACACUGGCCAUCGGCUCACCAACAGCCAUGCGAAUACUCACAUUCCUGACGCUCUGUCUUCUAAGAGUUCAGAUGGCAGCUGCUUUACAGGAGCCGGAGACUUGUUAUAUAUUGGAUGCUCUCCUUUUCCUCUAUGGUAUUAUCCUGACGGUGCUCUACUGCCACCUCAAGAUAAAAACAAAGAAAGAGGAAAGUGAGAGAGCUGCUUUGUACGAGCGUCUCAAACAUCCUGAAGCGCAAAUCUACAGCGAGAUCAACAUGGGACCGGGGGGCGUAGAAUCCAAGAAAGGAGCGUGUGAAGGCGUAUACACCGGUCUGGGCCCCGUGGAGAAGGCAACGUAUGAAAAACUCAACUUGAAGGGAAUGGACGCCGGGAUCACUGGCACAGACCAGAUUCCACCGAGCUGGAUCUGUGCACGAAGAGAUUUCCGACGCGCUCGCGUGUUCACAAGCGGACAUGCAAGAUCCACGGUGCAUUAA